AGAGUUCCACAGGGAUGCUGGCCCAUGUUGACUCUACAAGGUGUCUAAAGCGUUCCACAGGGAUGCUGGCCCAUGUUGACUCUACAAGGUGUCUAAAGCGUUCCACAGGGAUGCUGGCCCAUGUUGACUCUACAAGGUGUCUAAAGUGUUCCACAGGGAUGCUGGCCCAUGUUGACUCUACAAGGUGUCUAAAGCGUUCCACAGGGAUGCUGGCCCAUGUUGACUCUACAAGGUGUCUAAAGCGUUCCACAGGGAUGCUGGCCCAUGUUGACUCUACAAGGUGUCUAAAGCGUUCCACAGGGAUGCUGGCCCAUGUUGACUCUACAAGGUGUCUAAAGCGUUCCACAGGGAUGCUGGCCCAUGUUGACUCUACAAGGUGUCUAAAGCGUUCCACAGGGAUGCUGGCCCAUGUUGACUCUACAAGGUGUCUAAAGCGUUCCACAGGGAUGCUGGCCCAUGUUGACUCUACAAGGUGUCUAAAGCGUUCCACAGGGAUGCUGGCCCAUGUUGACUCUACAAGGUGUCUAAAGUGUUCCACAGGGAUGCUGGCCCAUGUUGACUCUACAAGGUGUCUAAAGCGUUCCACAGGGAUGCUGGCCCAUGUUGACUCUACAAGGUGUCUAAAGCGUUCCACAGGGAUGCUGGCCCAUGUUGACUCUACAAGGUGUCUAAAGCGUUCCACAGGGAUGCUGGCCCAUGUUGACUCUACAAGGUGUCUAAAGCGUUCCACAGGGAUGCUGGCCCAUGUUGACUCUACAAGGUGUUGAAAGCGUUCCACAGGGAUGCUGGCCCAUGUUGACUCCAAUGCUCCCCACAGUUGUCUAGUUGGCUGGAUGUCCUUCAGGUAGUGGACCGUUCUUGAUACAACACGGGAAACUGUUGAGCAUGAAAAACCCAGCAGCGUUGCAGUUCUUAACACAAACCGGUGCACCUGGCACCUACUACCAUACCCCGUUCAAAGGCACUUAAAUAUGUUGUCUUGGCCCAUUCACACUGUAAAUGGUAAACAUACACAAUCCAUGUCUCACUUGUCUCAAGGCUUAAAAUCCUUCUUUAACCACCUGUCUCCUCCUCUUCAUCUACACUGAUUGGAUUUAACAAGUGACAUCAAUAAGGGGAUCAUAUCUUUCACCUGGAUUCACCUGGUCAGUCCUUGUCAUGGAAAGAGCAGGUGUUCCUAAUGUUUUGUGCACUCAGUGUAUAUAGGGAAAAGACAGUCAAUUCAGACGCAGACAUGGCCUUGUGCACGAGUGGUAAUGUUGUGUAUUAACCAGAUCUCUGUGUGUGUGUGUGUGUGUGUGUGUGUGUGUGUGUGUCCGUCCCCGUCCCCAGCUGCUGUACCUGCUGGACA